AUGUUUGAAGAAAUAGGGUGUUUUGACCCAAAUGCUCCGGUAGAUAUGACGGUGGAGAGCAACUUCUCUCCGGCGGAGCCACCACCACCGGUCUUGGUUGCCGGUAGCACGAGCAACAGCAACUGUAGUCUAGAAGAUCUCUCUGAGUUCCACCUCAGCCCACAAGACUGCUCCCUAGCCGCAGCUGCUGUUCAUCAGCUUCACAUCAAUGCUACUACUCCUAGUUGUGACCACCAACUCCAAAGUUUAAUGCACCAAAACUUUCAAGAUCCAACAUAUGCUCAUCAACAGUAUAACAACAAUUGGGACAACAGUUACCAAGAAUUUGUGACUUUGGGUCCUAAUCACACAACUCCUGACCUACUCAGCCUCUUGCAGCUGCCAAGAUCCUCACUUCCUCCUUUCACAACACCUAACUUCCAUGACAUGAUCAUGACAUCUUCCUCUGCCUCUGCUGCGUUCGACCCGCUCUACCAUCUGAAUUUCCCUUUGCAGCCUCCUAAUGGGACUUUACUAGGAGUUGACGAUCAAACUGAGUUCAAUGGAGUGAACAGUUUGUUAUAUGCUGAAGAAAACAACAACACCGAGAAUGGUCUUAACCGUAAAGGGAGAGGAUCAAGAAAGCGCAAAGUCUUCCCUACAGAACGUGAGAGAAGAGUUCAUUUCAAAGACCGGUUUGGUGACUUGAAGAACUUAAUUCCAAACCCUACCAAGAAUGAUAGAGCAUCAAUCGUUGGAGAAGCCAUAGAUCACAUCAAAGAGUUGUUAAGGACCAUUGAGGAGUUCAAGAUGCUAUUGGAGAAGAAAAGAAUCACAAGGCAAAGGAACAAGAGAGGCAGAAUCGAAGUAGGGGAAGAGGACGUUGGUGAUGAGAACUACAACGCUCAAAGCGAAGUAGUGGAACAGUGUUUGGUCAAUAAGAAGAACAAUGCCUUGAGAUGCUCUUGGCUGAAGAGGAAAUCAAAAUUCACUGAAGUAGAUGUGCGUAUCAUAGACGAUGAAGUUACUAUCAAGAUAGUGCAAAAGAAGAAAAUCAACUGUUUAGUGUUCGUCUCCAAAGUGAUUGAUCAGCUUCAGCUUGAUCUUCAUCAUGUAGCUGGUGCACAGAUUGGAGAGCACCACAGCUUCUUGUUCAACACCAAGAUUUGUGAAGGGUCUAGUGUUUAUGCAAGUGCCAUAGCAGAUAGAGUUAUGGAAGUGUUGGAGAAACAAUACAUGGAAGCUCUUUCGUCGAACAAUGGCUAUCACUGCUACACUAGUGAUUAA